AAUGAAGAUUAUUUCCAAAAAAUUGUUUUUGAGAAUGGAUGUGGAUAUAUAGAAAAAGAUUGGGGCACUAAUUUCCCUCAGUCUUAUAUUUGGGCACAGGCUAAUAAUUUCAUUAAUUACGAAGGGUCUUCAUUAUUAUUUUCCAUAGCAGAUUUCCCAAUUAUGUCAUCAGAUUGCCUACUCAAUAAGAUUCCUUUUCUUAAAAGAUCAUUGCGUCAUCCUGGACGACUAAUCGUCUUUUACCAUGGAAGUACGAAUAUUACAUAUAAUUUUAGCACUUAUACAUUAUCUUUUGUUCGUGAGUUCACUAUAGAAAUGGAUAAUUCUGCCAUGCAACAUAUAAAUGUAUACAUUUCAAAUAUACAAGGAUUUCAUCUUAAAGUCAAUAUAAAACGUAGGGCCGGUAGAGGAAUUCCCUUGCGUGCACCCAUAAAACAAUUCGGAAAAAUGACUUUAAGAGUUGAGGAAAGUUUGGAUGCAGAAAUGUCUGUAAAAUUAUGGCAUAAGCAACGAAAUAAUGAUAUUGAGAAUGUUAUUUUUCAUGAUAAAUCUAUCAACGUAGGAUUGGAGGUCGUUGGUGAUAUCACUUGGAUUGCUAAAAAAUACCAAAAUUCAAGUUAG